UUCCCUGUCCACGCCCCGGACGGUGUAUGCGUCCUCGUGCUCCACGCACGGGCACUGCUCCAUCCAUGUGAGCGUUGCCGCUUUCGUUGCCUUUUGCUUUUUCGUAUUUUGUCCUUCAGGCUGUCAUUUCGAAUGAGUAAAUAACCAACGUUAUUCAAAUUCACCAAUCAGUAAUUAGUAAAUUGCAAACGGGUUUGAUUCGGCUUUCUCUUGAUUUUGUGGAAAUAACGCUUUGUUAGCCAGCUAGCAUUGGCUAGCUGUGCGGGCUCGUUGGAAGAAUGGCUACGGUUGCAAUUCCUGCUAAUACUAGUGCACUCCUGCUUGAUAUUGAAGGGACCACAACACCAAUCACUUUUGUAAAGGACAUCUUAUUUCCGUACAUAAAGGAGCAUCUCGAGGAUUAUCUGUCCGAGCACUGGGAAGAGGAUGAGUGCAAGCAGGACGUGCACCUUCUGAAAAAACAGGUUGAGGAGGACAUGAGGCAGAACCGGGCAUGUGCGGUCCACGCCCUUGACCAGACUGUUCACACGGACGAGGAGAAGGCCAUCCGGGAGGUGGUGGAGAACGUGCUGUGGCAGAUGGCAGCGGACAGGAAGACCACGGCGCUCAAACAGAUCCAGGGACACAUGUGGAGGGCAGCCUACGCUGCCGGGAGAAUCAAAGGCGAGGUCUACCAGGAUGUAGUCCCCUCCGUCAGGCGCUGGAGGCGUCAGGGCCUGAGGGUCUACAUCUACUCUUCCGGAAGCGUGGAGGCACAGAAACUGCUGUUUGGCUUCUCCGUAGAAGGAGACGUCCUAGAUUUAUUUGACGGUCAUUUUGACACCAACAUGGGUGCAAAGGUGGAGAGUAAAAGCUAUGAGAGGAUCGCGGAGAGGAUCGGCUGUCGAACCGAAGAAAUCACCUUCUUGACAGACAUCACACGGGAGGCCAAGGCUGCAGAGGACGCGGGGGUGAACGUGGUGAUGGUGGUCCGUCCAGGAAACAUGGAGCUGACGGAGGAGGAGGAGGCUCACUACAGCGUCGUCACCUCCUUCUGUCAGCUGCAGGCGACGGGCAGAGCCUGACGCGGGAGAGGACGGGAGACUCGGGUUCCCUGGUUCCUUUUCCCCCCUCCCUGUUCCCUAAACCCUUAGGUUCUGUCCUUGUUUCACGUCCACGGUCCGGAAUGGGAGGACUUUAGAGAGGUGAUGUGAUUGGUGCUCCGGUUAGCUUGCCGGAGGGGUUAACAAGCGUAUCACUUUCACCCAACAUAAACGGACAUCAAGCCUUUUUCAUCUGUGUACUCGGAGCCACUGGGGGGUCUAGGGUCUGCUGCCGAGCCAGGUUGUGGAGGGAGAAGGGGGCUUGGCUGUAGAUCUGGAGUGUCGGGGAGUGGACAGAGUACUGUGUAUGUGGAGAACAAGCAUCGUGUUCACUGAUCAACUGACUGCACAUGUUAAACACCUGUCAGGGACUUAGUCACUUAGUCGUCUUUUUUUCUUUUCUUUUUUUUUACCCUUUUAAAAUAAAUCCUAUUUAAGUUGAAUCA